AAACACAAAACCGGAGAGAGAGAGAGAGAGAGAGAGAAAGAGGUAGGGCUUUGUGUUAUAUACCAUACAAUAUACAUAUAUAUAUAUAUAUAUAUAUAUUAGAAUAGUGUCUUCUUCUUCAUCAUCUUCUUUACCAUCAUCAUCAUGCAUGCAUCUUCUUCUUGGUCCUUUCUUUAGUUCCGAUUUAUAGCUUUUUGACUAUUUUUCCUUCUUCUUCUUGGUUGCUUUCUCUUGAUCUCAGUUGUAGAUUAUUACGUUCUUCCACGCAAAGAGGAAGAUCUAAAGAUGUCAUCCUCAUCAUAUAAUACAAGCGUUGUUCCUUCAUCAUCCUCGACUCAGCCGUUCUUCAUCACCGGCUCCAGCGCCGGAGAUAACGCCUUUGACCGGAAAGAUACUUUUAUGUCAAUGGUUCAACAACCUAACUCCUCGGCUCCACAACCCAAGAAACGAAGAAACCAACCGGGAAACCCAAAUCCUGAUGCGGAAGUGGUAGCGUUGUCUCCAACGACACUAAUGGCUACAAACAGAUUCAUAUGCGAUGUAUGCAAGAAAGGGUUUCAAAGAGAACAAAAUCUACAGCUUCACCGAAGAGGACACAAUCUUCCAUGGAAGCUCAAACAGAAGUCAACCAAAGAAGUGAAGAGGAAAGUGUAUAUUUGUCCGGAACCCACGUGCGUCCACCAUGACCCCGCACGUGCUCUCGGAGACCUCACCGGAGUCAAGAAGCAUUACUAUCGUAAACACGGAGAAAAGAAUGAAAUGCGUACUAAAGAGUAUCGAUGUGACUGUGGUACCAUCUUCUCUAGACGCGAUAGUUACAUUACACACAGGGCUUUCUGUGAUGCAUUGAUACAAGAAACCGCUAGAAACCCUACCGUGAGCUUCACGUCAAUGACAGCUGCUAGCAGUGGCGCCGGCUUCCGUGGAUUUCAUGGGAGACUCGAGGGUGGCAACGCUCUCUCCCACCACCAUUUGAGUGACCAUCCUAACUCCGGAUUUUCGUCUUUCGGGGGUUACAAUCUAAACAUUGCAUCUUCUGAAAAUAGCAGAGACUUUGCUCCGCAAACGUCAAACCCUAACUUCUUAGUACAGAGCCAAGGAAUGCUGACUCAACCGAACAACAACAACAACGAUCAGAGUUUCAUGAACCAACAAGGUCUGAUCCAGUUUGAUCCAGUCAACAACAUAAACCUCAAGAGUAGCACCACCAACAACAGCUUCUUCAAUCUCGGAUUCUUCCAAGAAAACACCAAGAACUCAGAGACGGCUAUUCCUUCUCUAUAUAGCACGGACUCUCUUGUUCAUCACCGUGAAGAAAGCUUGAACGCGGGUUCUAACGUGUCAGCCACGGCACUGCUUCAGAAAGCUACUCAGUUGGGUUCAAUCACAAGCAACGAUCCUUCUGCUUUGUUCAGAGGCUUAGCUUCUUCGUCUAACUCGUCAAGCGUGGUUGUUAAUGACUUUGGAGGAGGGCAGAUUAUGGGCAACGAUAAUAACGGUAACCUUCAAGGUCUAAUGAACUCACUAGUGGCCGUAAAUGGCGGUGGUGCCGGCGGAUCCGGUGGCAAUAUCUUCAACGUGGACUUUGGAAACAAUAAUGUAAACAUGAGCGGCUCGGACAACUUAACUUUAGAUUUUCUUGGAGUUGGAGGAAUGGUGAGAAAUGUAAAUCGCGGAGGGGCUGGUCGCGGCCGUGUUCGUGGAGACGUUUCUUUGAAUGGUGAACUAAAGUUUCCGGAGUAAAAUCAUCCGUUUGUAAGAACUUAAUAAUGCCUUAUUAUUACAGACUUUAUCAUUAGGUGAUAACUUUGCUACCGUCGUUUGUUGUUUUCGUAAUCUAUAUAGUAUAUAUUAUUAGAUCUUUCUGAACUCUUUAUGUAUGAUUUUGAUUGGACUCUGUCUUUGUUUAGUUGUUAUAUAAUAGAAAAAAGGAUGUAAAUUUC